GCCCCUUGCCUAUGUCUUCCUUGGGUGAAUCGUAGGCGGGACGUGGUGUUUGUUGGGAAAUUGGUUUUACGCCCACCCCCCCAAAUUAGAUUAGUAUGGCCGAUUCAACAGAGAAGGCGGAAACUAUGAAGAACUACCACAUAGCGUCGGAAAAGAUUAACCCACUGGCCGGUCGCUUCCCUCAUUGUAUCGUGUGGACGCCCAUCCCCGUGUUGUCAUGGUUGUUCCCAUUUAUUGGACAUAUGGGCAUCUGCACUUCCACUGGAGUCAUUCGAGAUUUUGCCGGACCUUAUUUUGUCUCCGAAGACAACAUGGCUUUCGGGAAACCAACAAAGUACUGGAUGAUGGACGUAAGCAAAGUCUACGCCAGUGGCUCCAGCGCUUGGGACAUUGCCGUGCAUGAAGCUUCGGAGGAGUACAAGCACAGGAUGCACAACCUGUGUUGUGACAACUGCCACUCCCACGUGGCGAUGGCCCUGAACCUGAUGCGCUACGACAACAGCACGUCGUGGAACAUGGUCAAGCUCUGCCUCCUGGUGCUCCUGCGCGGCAAGCACGUCAGCUGCGCGGGCUUCCUGAAGACCUGGCUGCCCUUCCUCACACUGCUGGGCGUCAUUGUGACGGUGGCGCUCGCCAUCAACCUCCGGUGACCUCUCCCAGGGAACGUCGUUGGAAAACAUUGCAAAGCAUUUUUUUUUUCUUGUCCAAAAAAAGACUUUGAAAAAAAAAAACUAUAAGAGACGCAAUGAAUGUCACACACGCGCACCACGACUGCCGCGCGCCACAGAAACACCAAUAAUAAUACAAGAAUACACAUCUCUUUCUAGGAAAACCUGUUUUCAGUACUGCCCAAUAGUAUCGUCAUGCUGUUGACGUGCGCGUCAGUGCCAACUCCCGAGAUUCAAAACUGUGCCAAACACUUAUCCCCCCCCCCCUCCCCCCCCCCCCCCGACGGAUAUGUUCCAGACCUGCCUCGCCGUCGCUGUCAAGGACUGGAAAGAGUCUCAUGAUAGCAUCACUUUCAGGAAAAGAAGACUCAUGCAUACGGUUCCUCAAAUAAGUUGUUAAGAUGUUCGCUAGCCAUUUGAAGCUUCGUGAACCAAACACACUUGCACAUUUGAAACGUUCAAACGGGGCCCUGAAAUUUCAUCCAAAUGCAAGUCUGCUAGCUUAACGCUCACAUAUCACGUGAAAUGUUAGCGUCCCGAUUAUAAUCCUUCGACUCAGGCGCGUAGCUCUCCUGAUUUUUGUGCUUCAAAAUGCUCAGAAUGCCAAGACCAGCUCAACUUGAGCGCUGUUUUGGGGGGGGGGGGGGGGGGGGUUGGACAGCCUUCACUUUGCCCGUGUUAUUUUUGCCCCUUUAAUUCCACAUGAUGGUCAUCACUCCGUCUCAGUUGCCAUGGCUGUGGUUUAGCGCACCCAAAUCCCCCCAUUGUCCCCCAUCAAAUAGCUCCUUCAGCCCCCCCCCCUCUCUUCGGAAGCAGCAGGUAGCCGGGAUGGCUCCUUCCUGCUGUUUUCCGCCUCUGUACUUCAAAGUUGGCUACGGCUAGUUUUCACUCGGUGCUUUUUUUUUGCUAGCCAGCUCGCAUGCUAGGCUAACAGCCAAGUCUACAUUUACGCUCGGCGGCGCAAACAUUUCAAACGGACUCGAACGCAGGACGCGAAGCAUUAAAUGAUGCGCACAGAAAGUCAUUUGUUCACAAAUCAAUUUAAAUUCUGAAUUUAAUUAAUUGAAUUUCUUUCUUAAAAAGAUGUCCCACCGCUGUUGGUGCCUUGCAGUAACCAGGAGCCCGCAGGUCAUGGAAUGUGGAGACCUGCGGGGGAGGGGUGGGGGGGGGGGGGUGGGGGGGGCUAUUAAUAUACGCUUAGGCCGGUCCGGAGACUCCCAAACUCUCUAAUCCUAAAAACAGAACCGUAGACCAGUGCUACGCAGAACCGCGCUAUCAGGCACUCUGCGGUCAGGAAUGUAUCAACAAAUGUCUACGAAUAAAGUGUUUAUUAUUGUUCUAAAAAAAAA